AUGAGUGGAAAAAAAACAGCAUUAGUUGCAGUGGCUUCUGGAUCUGAAGAUGUCGAAUAUAUUACUGUUGUUGACGUUUUAAGGAGAGCAGGUGUACAUGUAACAACAGCAUCUGUUGAAAAGAGUGAGCAAGUCUGCUUACAAUCAAAAAAUGUCGUGUUAGCUGACACAACUAUUAGUAAGGUACGAAAUAAUAUUUAUGAUGUUUUAGUCAUACCAGGAGGUAUGAAAGGAUCUAAUACUAUAUCAGAGUGUGCAGAAUUUAUUGACAUGUUAAAAGAACAAAAAGCUAAUAACAGAUUAUAUGCAGCUAUAUGUGCUGCCCCCGAAACUGUUUUAGAUCGACACUCAUUAAUUGAUGAUGUAGAAGCUGUGGCUUAUCCUUCUUUUGAAAGAAAUUUUAAACACAUUGGAAAAGGAAGAGUAUGUGUUUCUAAAAAUUGUAUAACUUCUGUAGGACCAGGUUCAGCUGUUGAAUUUGGUCUUAAAAUUGUUGAACAUUUAUUAGGAAGGCAAGUAGCACUAAACCUUGCUUCAGGUUUUCUUUUACAUCCAGCAGUUACAUUUUAA